AUGGCAUCGUCUACUACCCUGUGGUUUGUCCAUCAACCCGGCGAAAUCAUCCUGGGGGUGGCGUCGCAUCUCAGCGUCUCGGACCUCAAUGCCCUCAUCCAGACAGCCCAUCGUUUUCACGAGCUCCUGUCGCAGGAGCUGUAUGACCGGGCGCCCACGCUGAUUCGGAACGAUGGCAACACGCCCCUGAUCUGGGCGGCUACACAGGGCCAAGUCGCCUGCGUUCAGAAGCUCGUGAGGCGAGACCCCGAUCCCGCGAGACUCAUCGAUGGCCGAGCAGCCAUUCAUGAUGCGACGGCAGCAGGGCAAGUGCAGAUCGUCGCGGUCUUGCUGGAAGCUGGCGUCCCCAUCUCCCUGCCCGAUAACGAUGGCCACACGCCCCUCCAAUGGGCGGUGGCCCAUGACCAGGAACUAGUCCUUCGCCAGCUUCUCGCGUCCGGCGCUGGGAAUGUGACCACCCCAUCGAAGGAGAACUGGGAGUGGGGAUCCGCCUUGGAGGCGGCCGUGACGCUAGGCCAUCAAUCAGUGGCUAGGACUCUUCUCGAGCUGGCGCCAACAUUGCCCGGGACCAUCCGGCCUUUCCCAUGA